AUGGCGCAGCGCGAGGAGGCGGCCGCCGGCCUCCGGGAGCAGGAGCAGGAGGAGGAGGCGGCCGGUCCGGGGACGCGCCUUCGGGGGCGCCGAGCGUCGGGGCGCCGCGGCUCAGCCUACCGCAUCAGCCGGCGGAGCUCGGGCGAGCUGGGCGUGCGGGUGGUGGCGAGCGCCGCGGCGGCCCCGGUGCCGCUCUCCCCGGCCGACGAGGGCCGCCGGCGGGCGCCGCCGCAGGAGGAGGAGGAGGAGGAGGAGGAGGCCGAGACGCGCGCCGUGGCCACCUCCCCCGACGGCCGCUUCCUCAAGUUCGACAUCGAGCUGGGCCGCGGCUCCUUCAAGACCGUCUACAAGGGCCUCGACACCGACACCACCGUCGAGGUGGCCUGGUGCGAGCUGCAGACCCGGAAGCUGUCCAAGGCAGAGCGGCAGCGCUUCAGCGAGGAGGUGGAGAUGCUGAAAGGGCUCCAGCACCCAAACAUUGUCCGCUUCUACGACUCCUGGAAGUCCUCUGUCAAGGGGCAGGUCUGCAUUGUGCUGGUUACGGAGCUCAUGACUUCAGGCACUCUCAAAACGUACUUAAAGCGUUUCAAAGAGAUGAAGCUGAAGGUUCUUCAGCGCUGGAGCAAGCAGAUUUUGCGGGGACUGCAUUUCCUGCACACCCGCUCCCCUCCUAUCAUCCACCGUGAUCUGAAAUGCGACAACGUCUUCAUCACGGGGCCUACCGGCUCUGUAAAAAUUGGGGACCUUGGCUUGGCCACACUCAAGCGUGCAUCAUUUGCCAAGAGCGUUAUAGGGACCCCAGAAUUCAUGGCACCAGAGAUGUAUGAGGAGAAGUAUGACGAAGCGGUGGAUGUUUAUGCUUUCGGCAUGUGCAUGCUAGAGAUGGCCACGUCCGAGUAUCCUUACUCAGAGUGCCAGAAUGCCGCUCAGAUCUAUCGCAAGGUCACCUCGGGCAUGAAGCCCAACAGUUUCUACAAAGUGAAGGUGCCUGAGCUGAAGGAGAUCAUUGAGGGCUGCAUCCGGAUGGACAAGAAAGAAAGAUACACCAUCCAGGAUCUUCUGGAUCACUCCUUCUUCCAGGAGGACACAGGUGUCCAUGUGGAGCUGGCUGAAGAGGACGAUGGGGUGAAAUCUAACCUGAAGCUUUGGCUGAGGAUGGAUGACUCCAAGAAUCUGCAUGGGAAGUACAAGGACAACAAUGCCCUGGAGUUCCAUUUUGAGCUUUAUAAGGAUGUGGCUGAAGAAGUUGCCCAGGAAAUGGUAACGCUGGGCUUUGUUUGUGAGGCAGACUACAAACUGGUGGCCAGAGCAGUUCGUGAGAGGGUCCUUUCUAUCAAGCGCCAGCGGGAGAAGGCCAGGCGGGCUCAGGAGGAGCAGAAGAGACAGGAGAUGGUGUUCUCCACACCCCCUCCAAAUAUCCUACAUCUGCUGGAGCUUGGCUCCUCCCCCCUUCUCAGCCCCACCCAGGCCUCCACACCUACAACACCUGGAUCCCGGGAUUCGGCACUUGGGUCAACUUUCCCUCCAGAGCCAGAAGAACCUGAGGUUGACCAACACCAGCCCUUCCUGUACCGGCAUGGCUAUUCUUCUGCCACAUCGGACUGUGAGACUGAUGGCUACCUCAGUUCCUCUGGAUUUGUGGACUUGCCUGAUGUCCCCCAGAGUCUCCCCAGCCCAGUAGCUGCCCCGGAGCCCUCCUUCACUUCUAGCAUUGCAGUGAGCCUGCACCCUGUCUCCACUAGUGACUUCUCUUCCCCCUUGGACAGCUACCCAUCAGAUGUGGCAUCUGGAUUGAGUGACGGCUGUGAAGGUCUGUCUGCUGGAGAAUGCAGAGUGAUGAAGCCUUCGGUCAAACGGGGGUCUGGGAGGCUGCUGAGACGACGUGCUCGUUCUCGCUUACGCAUCACAAAUUUCUCAAACCAAAACGAUCGUGUGGUUGAGUGCCAACUCCAAACUUACAACAGCAAGAUGGUCACCUUUAAGUUUGACCUGGAUGGGGACAGUGCCGAGGAGAUUGCCGCUGUCAUGGUUGCCAAGGAGUUUAUCCUGAAAUCAGAGCAGGAUGGAUUCAUCCGACGAAUCCAUGACAUCGUCCAACAUGUGGAGACCCUCCUGCACAAAGAUGGGAAGAGCAAAGCCCAGGAGGCUGUGGGCAGCCGAGAGAUGCAGGGCCUCUCCUCUCCUCUCCUGGGUGAUGUGAGUGACACAGCUGGCAAACGCUCUGCCCUUCAGUGGUCGCAAGGAAUCCCAGCUGGGAUCCCUUUUGGGAGCCAGAAGCUCUCGCCACUGUGGGGUUGGAGGAGGCAGUUGUGGCUUCUCCAUUCUCUGAAUACCAACCAAAACAACCUCCUUGUCUCCUUUCAGAGCCAGCUACAAGGGCUUUCGCGUUCCAUCUCCUCAUCCUCCUCUUUGAGUGAUCUGAGCUGCUCGAGCCCUGGCCAGUCCAUCUCACCCCUUGGUCAGGCAUCGUUGGUGGGGUCCCUGACUGAGAAUGAGCUCUUCAGCCCAACAAGCACGGAGGCCUUGGGGUUUCCUCUGCUUUCGUUGCCACCCAAAGGUGUCCCUGACAUAGCUGCACAGACCUGGUCCUCUUACCCCAGGAUGCCAACGAUUCCUUGCUACCUGCUCCCAGUGUCCCAACCAGCCUCCCCACCAAGCGCCCUCCUUCCUCCCUUGUCCCUCCCAUCACCUACUGUCCCAUCUGUUGGGCAGCCCCCCCUUAUCCCCCUCUGGACCUCCUCUCCUUCCCCCUCCCCAUCCCUGUUCUCUCUUGCCAAUGUCUUCUCCCUAGCUGCAAUGAGCGUGGCCCAGUCGCUUCUCCCAGCUGUUUCUGGAGCCCCUGCCCAGACGGGCCCUGUCUACACCUCCCCUGUCUCACAGUCCCCGGGGCUUUGCCCACCCAGCCAGGCCACUGCCCAUUUCAUCUACCCAGAGGUGCCCCCUCCCACUAAACCAGCCCAGCUAGUCAACAAGCUCUUUGGGUCACAGGCAUCUCCGCUGCCCUCCAGAACCUCAGCCUUGGAGAGUCCUGACAACUGCCUGCAGGCACCUUCCUCUCCCUGCUCCCAGCUUGGGUCGGAUUCUCCUGCCCCCACCUCCCCUCUUGCCCGGCUCUCCCCCAUCAGUGAAGAGCGCAAGCCGCAGAUUCUGGGCCGCUUCCGCGUGACACCAACACAGGAUGUGGCUGCUGAUAUCCCCUUGAAGGGCGACGGGCCCAACUCCUCUUGUGCCUCAGAGUCGGACAGUGAGUCUCCAGGCAGCACGCUGGUCCAGGAAGCAGAAGAGGGCACCACACCGGUGGCAGAAGGAGAAGGGGAAGGAGAGGUCCAUUCUGGCUCCCACGUCUGGGUGAACUAUCUGUACAGCACCUCUUAUCCAAGCAGCGACGACACAGACAGUGCUGAAGACGACGACGUCUGGGAGGAGUUGCAGCUCUUGCGCCAGAAGCACCUGUCUGAAGUAGAGAUGCUCCAGGCCCAGCAGAAGCAAGAGAUUGAGGAACUCUAUGCCCGCCUGGGCAAGGUGCCGCCUCCUGGCAUCAUGUCCCCUGCUGCCAUGCUCUCCAGCCGCCAGCGCCGUUUCUCCAAGAGCAGCUUCAGCCCCUUCUCACGGCGCAGUAGUCUGCAGCGUCUGGACAUGGGGCAGCCCCAAGGGAUCAUGAGGAGGAAUUCGGUCAGCGGAGGGAGCAGCGGCCUCUCCCAGGAGCAGCGGCCAAGCAAGGGAGUGACCUUUGCCAGUGACGUGGGAUGCCUGUAGCCAUCCUGUCUGUAGACUCUUCCAUGGACUACCUCAGCCUGUUGCUCACCACCCAAGGACAGGAGACUCUGCUAAUGAGCCACGCCCUCCUCAGGAGGAGAUGGAUGCAGCAGCUGCCUUCAGCCACUGGCCACCACCAACUGUGCUGGAGCAGGGGAAGGAACGGAGCCUAGAAAUGGCAGAACAGCCCCUGAGGAAAGCUGCCCGUCCUGAACAAGCAAAGAGAGAACAGUUUCCUACCGCAAGCUGCCCUUUUGUUCAGGGACAUCCUGUGUACAGAAGGCAGGGUGCAUGGGCCUGCAGUGCGAACUCUCAAGGGAGUGAUGCUGUAACAGAAGCAGGGCCACUUGUGCCUAAGAUCAGAGCCGUUGCACUGUGAUGCAGCUCCUUCUGCUCCCAGCCAGAUUAAGGCGGUUUGACGCAGAUGCCUAGGAGGAAGCUGGUAAAGGCAAGCCAUGUAGGUGCCUUGCUUGGCUUAGUUCCCAGAGCUUGCCAAAACCGUUCAGCAGCUGCAGCUGCCCUAAGGAGCAAGCCUGCAGAACAUUAAAGGGACUGGGGGCCCUUUCUUGCAUCCCUUGCCUUAACCCACAGGUUGUGCUCUUGAUAGCUUUGGCACCUCCUCUUUUUACCUUGCCAUGGUGAUGGGAAUUGCCUUCCUAGCUGGGGGUGUGUGUGAUUUAUUUUUACCUAAAGGGGAAUCUGCCGUUUGGAAACAAGCCCUGUUGCUUUUAUCCUUGGGUAUAAUUUUUUAAAAUAAACAAAUCUUUCUUGGUGUGUGCGUGGAAAAA